GGGACACCUGGUGGACAAACAUAGACACGACAAGAAGAAUCACUAAAGCGCAGAGGAGCGACAAACAGCUGGAAAUACUUAAUGAAAAGGAUUAUCACGCACCAUAAAAACACUCAAUUUACAACAGUCUAACAGUCUUUUAUUAUCUGUCUGUAUAAUGUGACCUUAUGUGGCCAACAUUGUAAAUAUAAAGACCGCGGCUCUAUCGGACUGUUGAUCACGUGACACGAAAAGCGGGAACCGCUAGCUUAGACGACGUAAGCUUCAUGUUUGAUUAGCACUUAGCCGAGGACUUUAGUUUGGUGAUGUUAUAUGAAAAUAUUUCAGUUGUGAAGCAGCAAUGAGUUCAGUUCAGUAUCUGAGAGAGUUCAUUAAGGAGAGACUAACUGCUGUUGGUGAAGAAAUCUUCUCAGAGGUUCAAAAAACCAUCGUCCAGUAUGAGGAGGAGAUCAACCGUCAGCACAGACUGCUGGAUAUCAGCCGGAAACCCGACAGAAACUCACACAUCAUAGACCUCUCACAACAACAUGACUGUAAGGAAGAGGAAGGUCUGGAUGAGCAGCAGGUCUGUAACCAGGAGAGGAACUCCAGUCUGGACCAGGAGGACCCAGAGCCUCCACAGAUUAAAGAGGAACAGGAGGAACUCUGCAGCAGUCAGGAGGGAGAGCAGCUUGGACUGAAGCAGGAGACUGAAGGCAUUAUUGUCUGGACUGAUGAAGAGCGACUCACACUGCUGGAGACCAUCUGGAAACCAGAGUUAAAGUUGCACAGAAUAGACCCCACACAGCAGCAGGUCUGUGACCAGGAGGACCCAGAGCCUCUACACAUUAAACAGGAACAGGAGGAACUCUGCAGCAGUCAGGAGGGAGAGCAGCUUGGAGUGAAGCAGGAGACUGAACAAAAACUAAAGAGUGAGCAGCUCCUUUCUCACAGCUCUCCUGAAGCAGAGAGCCAAGAUCAAGUAGAAAGCCAGCAUGUUGAUUCAGGUUCAACUAGAAACAUGGAGCUGAAGCAGAGAAGACAUCACAGAAAGACAAGUCACGAUCAGAGAGUAGACAACACUCCUGCAUCAGACAGUCAGAGUAAAAUUGAAACACAGACAAAUGUUCUAAAAUGUGACAGCUGUGGAAAAACUUUUAACUCUAAAUCCGAUCUGACUUCACAUCAGAGAGUUCACACAGGUAAUAAAUCGUGUUGUUGUUGUUGGACCUGUAGGACAAAAUUCAGUCAGUGCUUGAAAAUUCACACAGGUAAGAAAUCACAUCCUUGUAGCACCUGUGGGAAGGAAUUCAAUCGGAAGUCAACACUGAAAACUCACAUAAGAACUCACACAGGUGAGAAGCCAUAUUCUUGUAGCAGCUGUGGAAAAAGAUUCAGUGAGAAAUCAACACUGACAAUUCAUACAAGAACUCACACUGGUGAGAAACCGUUUUCUUGCAGAACCUGUGGGAAAAGAUUCAGUGAGAAAUCAACACUGACAAUUCAUACAAGAACUCACACUGGUGAGAAACCGUUUUCUUGCAGAACCUGUGGGAAAAGAUUCAGUGAGAAAUCAACACUGACAAUUCAUACAAGAACUCACACUGGUGAGAAACCGUUUUCUUGCAGAACCUGUGGGAAAAGAUUCAGUCAGAAAUCAAAAAUGGUAAUUCAUACAAGAACUCACACAGGUGAGAAACCGUUUUCUUGUAGCACCUGUGGGAAAAGAUUCAGUCAGAAAUCAACACUGACAAUUCAUACAAGAACUCACACUGGUGAGAAACCGUUUUCUUGCAGAACCUGUGGGAAAAGAUUCAGUGAGAAAUCAAAAAUGGAAAUUCAUACAAGAACUCACACAGGUGAGAAGCCGUAUUCUUGCAGCACCUGUGGAAAGAAAUUCAGCCAAAACACACACUUAAAGAAACACAUGAGAAUUCAUACUGGUUGAAAUAUUCAUGCUUACAAAGUGUGAGACAGCUGUGAGUGAUUUCAAUGCAGUGAAAGCAGAGGCAGUGGCAGCUUGUCAAGUGUGCUAAUCUCCCUCCAGUCUGUUGGUGACCUCACUUAACAUUAAGAUAAAUCCUUCUGUUGUGAUUCUGUGAUUUAUCAAAUGUAAUUUUAAUGAUUAUAUUCAGUGAAAAGAUCAUUAUGUUUAAUGUGAACAAAAAGCUUUUAUAUGAAAUAAAACUUUGAACAAAA